AUGGGGAAUCAUUUCACUGCAAAAACUUCACAAUUUGGUGCAUCGUCUCUGCACCAACGCGACUCGCGCAGCGACCUGUUCAAGGGCUAUACAGGCUCGGGGGCUGAGUCGGGGGCGCGGCGGCCGGUGAGCGCGAGCCCGAACCGGGUCGGCGGCGGUUACGGCUACGGAGGAUACCAGCAGCAGCAGCAGCAAUAUUCCGGCGGAAGCGGGAGCAGUAGUGGCAACGGCUCGGCGAUAGGAGGAGGGAUAGGGAUAGGCGGCGGCGGGCAACAUCUCGGCGUGGAGAACAGAGCUGGGUUUCGGCCGGCGACGCCGAACUCGAGGGGCCAAUACAGCGAUGCGGUGCUCAACGAGCUCGAGAGCCAGAACGACCAUCAGGUCGAGGGGAUCCUAGGCAAGGUCAAGGUGCUCAAGGACAUGACGAUAGCGAUCGGCGACGAGAUCCGCGAGUCGUCGGCGCUGGCGGAGAAGAUGAACGACAGCUUCGACAAGACGCGGCUGCGGCUGCGCGGCACCAUGAACCGCAUGCUGCUGAUGGCAGAGCGCACCGGCGUCGGCUGGAAGGUGUGGCUGGGCUUCUUCCUGGCCGUCAUCUUUCUGUUUUCUUACGUCUGGCUCUUUUGA